AUGAUCUUACUUUUGAUUCAAAGAGUUGAACUUUAUGACAAGAAUAGAUACAGAAAAGUAUAUUACUUGACACCAAGUGUGGAUAGUAUUCUAUGUGAUUCCGAUGAUAAUUAUAUUCAACUUGUAAAGAAUAGAGUGAUUUCUACCUAUUUGAAUAAUUUCUAUCUCGGAAAUGACAAUGCCGUUGCUCUAGGCAAUACUUUACAAAAUGAUGGUACUUUCAAUACCAUCAACUACCAAGAUCAAUCAAGGGAAAAUUGGCAUCCACUCAAACAUAUGGAUAACCUUGUUCAAAUAGCCUUUUAUUUGAAACAAACCUCGCCAUUCAACACUGAACUAUUCAACAAAACCGAUACUGCCCUGGGUUAUUUCGUUGACCAAUACAGUAACUUCACCUCUGUCAAUCCCUACAACACAAAACAACUACUUCCAAUGGUUUUUGCAUAUAAAUAUUUAAUAAUUAAUAAUAUUACCGGAGCAUAUAAUGGUCAAUCGCAAAGUCGUUCACAAGAUUUAAUGAAAUCUUUUACCAGUCUAUUAAACGCCAAUGGAAACUAUUUAACCCAGGUAUCAAAUGCUUAUUGUGUUCUCUUUUCUUCUUUAAAUGCAAAUGACAAAGUUACUCUAAACCAAACCAUUAAAAAAUUCACAACCCUUCUUACAUUUACCCCUGGACAACAAGAAGGUAUUAAAACUGAUGGUAGUUUCUUUGAAAAUGGACCAAUGUUAAAUAAUGGAAAUUAUGGAAAUGAAAUACUUGAAAUCUAUUUCCAAAUUAUUAGUUUACUUUCUGAUAGAAUUCCUGCUGAUAGUAUCAAUGUAUUUAACACUCUUGCUUUACAAGGUAAUCAAUGGAUGAUCUAUUCGAAUAAGGGAAAUGGUUACUAUCAUCCUGCAGCAGUUGGUAGUAAUAUUACCCAAAUCCAAGGUACUCAGUUCUAUGCUUCACCAUUUAUGAAACUAUACCAAUCGAGAAAAGCAGAGUAUCUUGUUUGGUUGAAUAGAAUGAAUGGUAGCGAUCCAUCUUUGAACACUGGUAACCGACAAUUCUUUAUCAGUGAUUAUAUGAUUCACUCUAGAAAGACAUAUUCCGCAAGUUUAAAGUACUCAAGUAAGAGAGUUUUAAAUAGUGAAUGUGUCAAUAUCAAAGAAGGUCUUCCAACCCAGAAAAUGUCAGACGGUUCCUUCUUUUUGAUGGUAGACGGUGGAAAAGAAUACGAUGGAAUCUAUCCAUUGUUGGAUUGGCAAAUGAUUCCAGGUAUCACUUCGGAACCAAACUAUCAACAGCCAGUUACAUGUGAUAAAGUUUCUACACUUGGAAAUACAGUGUUUGACGGUUCUCUCUCUGACGGACAAUAUGGAAUGGCUGUUCUUGAUCUCCAUCCUUCGUAUUCCAAUGAUAUGACCGGUAAGAAAUCAUGGUUCUUCUUUGAUGAACAUAUUGUUUUCUUGGGUUCAAAUAUCACUUCAUCUUCGACCGAUCCAAACACUCAACUUCUCACAUCUAUUGACCAAAGAUUCUACCGACAACCUGUUUACACCAGUCUAAACCAGACCUCUCCACUUUACAACUUUGAUAACUCAUUGAACAUCACAUGGUAUCAUCAUAAUAAAAUUGCUGUUCUAUUCCCAACCUUAAACUCAACAACUCCAACAACAAACAAUACAAAGAUACCUAACAAUUCAACUGUCAAUUCAAAUUCUACUACCGGUAUUGAUAAUUCUACAGUUCCAAUAGGCGCAAAUGUAUUUAUCAAAGCACAGUCCAAAGGUGGGUCAUGGGAAAACAUUGGAAGUAGUAGCGGUGGAGUUAGUGAUACUUUGCUCCUUACCUAUAUACAACAUACACCGGCCAAUCAAAAUCAAUACCAGUAUAUGAUGAUCCCAAAUAUAGAGUAUUCCAACUUUACCUCGAGAAUAGAUUCACUGUUUGCCGCUAUCAGUAUAAUGAGAAACGAUGACCAUUUCCAUGCCGUCUAUCACAACGAAUUGAAAUUACUACAAAUUGUGUUUUGGGAUACCAAACAAACAUUUGUUACACCGUUUGGAUUCAACAUCACCUCGGGUCAACCCAUUCUACUUCAAGUCAACAUGAAGAAUGUAACUUACUACAAACUCACUGUCAGUGAUCCAACUCAAACGCUCUCCACCGUUAAUAUAGUAUUCAGAGCCCUUGAGUUGAGUGGUUCAUUCGCUAGUUUCAGUUCAAUGACAAACUACACAACGAUCGCAUUCCAACUACCAGCUGGAAACUAUGCAGGUGCUGCCAAUACCUGGGAAUAUAAAGUAUUGAGCCAUCCAGCUUCUUCAAACAACGGUACUACCACAGGAGAUGCUUCAACUACUUCAUCCGAUACACCUUCUCCAAAACCAACAUCACCAUCCAUUGGUUCCAAUCUAUCUAUUCCAAGUCAUUUGAAAUUUAUAAUACUAUUUUUAUCUAUUUUAAUUUAUUUAAUUUAA